AUGAGACGAGUGUUUACGCAUUGGUCUGGCCGGGACGACCGUCUGCCGGACAAGGCGAAGAAGGCCCAGCAGGCGAAGAAUGGUGAAAGAGGGGAAUGGCAACCGGCAGAAAGCUCUCUCUUCUUGCUCUCUAAUUGCUGUCAAUCAGCAUUUCCUGCGGUCAGCAUGGUCGUCUGCACGACCGGUGCUGGGCCCGCCAGCCGCAUGGCAUUCAAUGAGGAUCCGGCCGGCAACAUUUGUGCCCCAUACGAGGCGGGUCAUGAUUAG